AUGUCUUUACAAGGUCUCAUGUCUGGCGCUGAUUGCGCCGUAGAGAUUAACCCUCUACACCAAGUUUUGAAGCAUACCGAAGGCGAUCGCGGUGUCCAGCAAGACAGGAUCGCAGGACCUUCUGGCUCGAGACAAUUGCACCAUCUACCGACUACCUCUGCACCGGGUGCAUCGUCUCAGGAUAUGGCCAUGGCGCGCCAGUUCUUUGAUCAGUCAGGUCCAUCGACGUCCAUGCAGCAACCCAUGCACAUGAACGGCGAUAUGGCGCGCCAGCUACAGCUCAUGUCUGCUGCCCGUGGGGCUGUUCCCGACUUUUCGGACGCCUGGUCUGAGAUCGCUCGGCGUCAAGACGGCACGACCGCUCCUCGCGCCGGCAUGCCGUCCAUGGCCUGGGCGGGCGAGUUUGAUGCUUCGAACGGACAGGCUAUUCAACCUAUAACCCACCAACAUAAUCAGUCGGCUGCGCAACCCGGACAACAAUCGCAAUUCAUGCCCCGGUCGAUGUACGGCAACUCUUCGUUUGGGAUGUACGGUGGCAUGGGCAUGGGAGGCAUGGGCAUGGCGCCCCAGUACAUGCAGCAACCGCAAUUCGCUCCCGUGCAGGACAAAGGCAAGGGCAAACUCAAAGAGUCCGACUUUGACGCCGCGUUCGCGCAAGUGACCGCCUCGCUACAACCGCAACAACAAAGCCGGAUCGAAGAAGUCACGAAUGAACUUGCCGAGACUUCGCUCGAAGAUAAGACCGGUCUCGAGGGCAGUGGCGCUUUCAAAGAGGUCUGGGAACAGAUGCAGAACUCAGAUAUGCCUCCGCCGAAGGAAGAUCUCGCCAAGUGGGAAGCCGAGUUCAACCAGCUAAUGCGUUCGGACAACGAAGAGCCGGACUACGACUACGGCAACAUGAUGAAGGAGAUUUGGGAGCAGGGACUCAACCAGAGUCCUGAAAGCAUGGAACCUCAGUACGACGAGCAAGGCGUUCCCGCGCUAUCUACAUACGUCUUUGAGCAACAGAACCCGUAUCUUGAUCCUUCGUCUUCUCGCAGCUGUCUUGAAGAUGCAAAGGGCCUCUUGGCGCGCGGCGGUAGCUUGACUGAAGCCGCACUCCUUCUCGAGGCUGCGAUUCAACGAGGCGAGCUCGGUACCGGCGGCUACGAAGCAUGGAUCCUACUGGGCGAAACGCGCAACAUGGACGAACGCGAGGAGGCCGGUCUCCGUGCGCUGCGCGAGGGUACACGUUUGGCCGAAGAAGCGGGUGCUGCGGGCGAAGGGAUGAUCAGCCUUGCGAUCAGUUACACGAACGAAGGUUUCGACCGCGCGAGCCAUGCCACACUUCUGCGCUGGUUGCAGUCACGUUUCCCGUCACACCCCAUCCCGCAACCUACACUCGAGUCGCUCGCUCAGUCUUCGUGGCACUCGCGGGACACCGUAACCGAAGCCCUUCUGAACCUCGCGCGGGCGCAACACGCGUCUGGCAUCGUCGACGCGGACACUCAGGUCGCACUCGGUGUACUCUUCUAUACCGCACAAGAGUUCGAUCGCGCGCGCGACUGCUUCGAGGCUGCGCUCAGCCAACGGCCGGAGGACUGGUUGUUGUGGAACCGCCUGGGCAGCAGCUUGAGUAACGGGAACAAGCCAGAGGAGAGUCUGGGCGCCUACCAGCAGGCGCUUCAGCUGCGCCCGACGUACACCCGCGCGAUAUACAACGUCGGCGUCGCGUGCUUGAACAUCGGACAACAUAAGGAGGCCGCGGAGCACUUCUUGAGCGCGCUCUCGCUGCAGGAAAGCACUGGCGACAAGAGCGAGCAGUUGCUGAACACGUUGCGGCGGGCAUUUGCGCAGAUGGGUCGUCCUGAGCUCGUCGAGAAGGUCGUUCCUGGUGUUAGCUUGGACGUCUUCCGCAAGGAGGGCUUUGACUUCUGA